AUGCCUGGUCCCUUUGGUGAGGUCUCCCUCUCAGCUGGCGGUCAGCUCCAGAGUCCCACUGCUGCUCCCAAAUACAUGUCAUCAAAACAUCGCCCCACCGCCGCCGCCUGCGUUUGCCUGCAUGACGCCAAGAAGAGUAAAGGUGAGUGGAGGGCUGGUUGCCACUCAACGGCUUUGUACCUAUCUGAUUUUGUCUAGUGUUGCCAUCAAAAACCCCUCAAAGGCUGAGGAAAUAUAGGGGUAGGAAUCAAGACUUCAUCCACCCAUCCAUGUGUCGUGUCGUUGAAAGGGUUUUAUGUCUCUCUAUUCUGCUUGUGUACUGAAGUGGUGGUCGGGAACAUUCAAGAGUUUUUUUAGUCUUUUUGAGGAGGUUGAAGAAAACCCCACUUCACUGUGUAUUCUCAUCUUACUAUUAUUUGUAAUAACUGUGAUUGACUAGACUAGACUACCAGCAUGCAGGUCUCCUUCCUCUCCUCCAUCCUCCUUCUGUUCUUCCCCUUUGAAGUCUCUCUUGUAGUGAAGGCUGCUGGUUUUCUUUUUCCCCUCAGCGAAGGCAGCGAAGGGCCAGGCGGCCGAAGUGAACAUCAACUCCUCGCUGGUGGAGGAUAUCAUCAGUCUGGAGGAAGUGAAUGAGGAGAUGGCCGCCAUCCUCACCGCCCUGAAGGAGGAAUUCAGCCAGAACCUGAGCAUCAAAACCUCUCCAGGUACAUAGGGGCCAUAGACUAAGGUAGGGGCACUCACUCUCUGAAUCUUGUUUCGUCUCUGAUGACGACUGUUGAGUAGCUGACCAGUGCACUCAGUUCUGGGAGCUGAGAUUACGGAGAGGAUACUUUUAAGUUAUAUUUUAAUUUAUGUAUAUAUCAGCCACCGAUUGUUCAACAAGGGAUGCAUAGCCCUGCAGCCCUGAAGUUUGAGCUGUGUCCAUCUUUGUAAGCAUAAAAAGACUAAAGUCCACUGUUGGUUUUCAUUUAAUUAUUGGUCAAAAGAUGAGGAAAAGUGCAACUCCAUGUGUUUACUUUCUCCCUGAGGGGUCAGAGUGAACCCUGCCCUUUUACCUUGACCCCUGUUGACCUUGACAUCCAGGUCACAGCCUUUCUCCUCCCCUGUCCCCCCUCUCCCCUUUGGGGGCUAAAUGGGAGGGCCCUAAGGGGAAGCUGCAACACCAGGAUCUAUACUCAGAUGAAAUACCCCUCCCUCACCCCCACCCCCCCAUCCCUCCCUAUCAUCCUUACCCCCCCAUCCAUCCCUAUCAUCCUUACCCCCCCAUCCCUCCCUAUCAUCCUUACCCCCCCAUCCCUCCCUAUCAUCCUUACCCCCCCCAUCCCUCCCUAUCAUCCUUACCCCCCCCAUCCCUCCUUAUCAUCCUUACCCCCCCAUCCCUCCCUAUCAUCCUUACCCCCCCAUCCAUCCCUAUCAUCCUUACCCCCCCAUCCCUCCCUAUCAUCCUUACCCCCCCAUCCCUCCCUAUCAUCCUUACCCCCCCAUCCCUCCCUAUCAUCCUUACCCCCCCCAUCCCUCCUUAUCAUCCUUACCCCCCCAUCCCUCCCUAUCAUCCUUACCCUCCCAUCCCUCCCUAUCAUCCUUACCCCCCCCAUCCCUCCCUAUCAUCCUUACCCCCCCAUCCCUCCCUAUCAUCCUUACCCCUCCAUUCCUCCUCCAUACCCUCUCCCCCUCCUCUCACCCUCUCCCUCCCUCACCCUGUGCCCCUCUGUCCAGAUGCACAGUAAUCCAUGGAAGCAGCAGGGCUUAAAACUGACAGGGAAUUCUUGACUGGAGAGAUGCUGGAAUGGGGGAAUCAUGACAUCAUUUUGUUCUUGUGUGUGUUUGAUAAUAGUCUCAUCUGUGUCUCAUUAUGUGAUGUUUUUGUUGUAAAGGGGAGUGGAAAGUCACCUUAGCUGAAGGAAGGGCUGUUGUAGAGGGCGGAUUAAUUUGAUGAACCGUUGUCUGGGUAGGACUGUAACGUUCAUGGAAUUUUGGAUGACCGUAAUUGGCUAGCCAUAGCAUAAAAAUAAAAAAAAUAAACCUACAGUACCAGUCAAAAGUUUGGACAUACCUACUCAUUCAAGGGUUUUUCUUUAUUUUUACUAUUUUCUACAUUGUAGAAUAAUAGUGAAGACAUCAAAACUAUGAAAUAACACAUACGGAAUCCUGUAGUAACCAAAAAAAGUGUUAAACAAAUCAAAAUCUAUUUGAUAUUUGAGAUUCUUCAAAUAGCCACCCUUUGCCUUGAUGACAGCUUUGCACACUCUUGGCAUUCUCUCAACCAGCUUCACCUGGAAUGCUUUUCCAACAGUCUUGAAGGAGUUCCCACAUAUGCUGAGCACUUGUUGGCUGCUUUUCCUUCACUCUGCCAUCCCAAACCAUCUCAAUUGGGUUGACGUCGGGGGAUUGUGGAGGCCAGGUUAUCUGAUGCAGCACUCCAUCACUCUCCUUCUUGGUCAAAUAGCCCUUACACAGCCUGGAGGUGUGUUGGGUCAUUGUCCUGUUGAAAAACAAAUGAUAGUCCCACUAAGCACAAACCAGAUGGGAUGGCGUAUCGCUGCAGAAUGCUGUGGCCAUGCUGGUUAAGUGUGCCUUGAAUUCUAAAUAAAUCACAGAAAGCUUCACCAGCAAAGCAACCCCACACCAUAACACCUCCUCCUCCAUGCUUUACAGUGGGAACUACACAUGAGGAUAUCAUCCGUUCACCCACACCGCGUCUCACAAAGACACGGCGGUUGGAACCAAAAAUCUCAAAUUUGGACUCAAACUUACACCGGUCUAAUGUCCAUUGCUUGUAUUUCUUGGCCCAAGCAAGUCUCUUCUUCUUAUUGGUGUCCUUUAGUAGUGGUUUCUUUGCAGCAAUUCGACCAUGAAGGCCUGAUUCACACAGUCUCCUCUGAACAGUUGGUGUUGAGAUGUGUCUGUUUCUUGAACUCUGUGAAGCAUUUAUUUGGGCAGCAAUUUCUGAGGCUGGUAACUCUAAUGAAUUUAUCCUCUGCAGCAGAAUGGGUCUUCCAUUCCUGUGGCGGUCCUCAUGAGAGCCAGUUUCAUCAUAGCGCUUGAUGGUUUUUGCAACUGCACUUGAAGAAACGUUAAAAGUUCUUGACAUUUUCCGGAUUGAUUGACCUUCAUGUCUUAAAGUAAUGACGGACUGUCGUUUCUCUUUGCUUAUUUGAGCUUUUCUUGCCAUAAUAUGGACUUGGUCUUUUACCAAAUAGGGCUAUCUUCUGUAUACCCCCCCUACAUUGUCCCAACACAACUGAUUGGCUCAAACGCAUUAAGAAGGAAUGAAAUUCCACAAAUUAACUUUUAAGAAGGCACACCUGUUAAUUGAUAUAGAAAAACACUUGAAUGAGUAGGUGUGUCCAAACUUUUGACUGGUAGUGAAUAUAUAUAUAUUUUUUAUGCACAUUUUCUCCUUUCAUCCGGUCCUGACAGCAUGUGCUGUCAUAGAAAUAUAAUGAAUAGAAUGGGUGUCCCCAUUCAAGUCAAUGAUGGUAUAAUGGGUGGACUGGCGGCCAUUACGAGUGUACCCAUAGGCCCAGUCGGUAUUAAAUAGAACUUUGCGCCUGUGGGGAAAACAACCCAUGGUUACCUUGGCUACCCCAUUAGCUCACAGCAAAAACUUGACAAUUUUCAAAGUCAAUUUUCUUGUUGUGUGCAAUUACAAAACUACAUUUAAGAAAAGUACAAAAUGUGUAAAGAUUACUUUUCUACUUUUCUUUUUAUUUGUCCAGGUGAAACAGUCUGUGAAAAGUUGCUAGCUCACUUCUAAAUUCUCAAACUACCGUAAACUUAAAUUAAACGCAUUCUCAAAUAGCCGCCUAUCUCUUUUAAUAACCAGGCAUCGGCACACAUUUUCAGCAAAUAAACGGCUAUUUCAAAUAAACAACGGAUCUAAAUUAAUUGUUUAUGAGUGAACUUGUGGUCCUCUGUAGCUCAGCUGGUAGAGCACGGCGCUUGUAACGUCAAGGUAGUGGGUUCGAUCCCCGGGACCACCCGUACACAAAACAUUUUUAUGCACGCAUGACUGUAAGUAGCUUUGGAUAAAAGCGUCUGCUAAAUGGCAUAUUAUUAUUAUUAUUAUUAUUAACUUAAUUGAGUACCAUCGAGAUUGCGCAAAAGAAGAUGGAUUUGUUAUUAUUAUUUUUAUACUGGACACAAUAAACAGUGUGGUAGUCUUUACAACAUUUUAUUGACCAAAAGCUGUGUACAUUAAGGAAAUAGACGCCUGGCUCAAAUAGAAGCCUGUCUCUAAAAAACGGCGGUUGUGUUCAGUGACCGGGGGCAAACUACCUGCCCUCCAGGACACCUAGAGCACCCGAUGUCACAGGAAGGCCAAAAAGAUAAUCAAGGACAACAACCACCCGAGGCACUGCCUGUUCACCCCUCUAUCAUCCAGAAGGCGAGGUCAGUACAGGUGUAUCAAAGCUGGGACCGAGAGAAUGAAAAACAGCUUCUAUCUUAAGGCCCUCAGACUGUUAAAUAGCCAUCACUAGCACAUUAGAGGCUGCUGCCCUAUAUACAUAGACUGAAAUCACUGGCCACUUUAAUAAUGGAACACUAGUCACUUCAAUAAUGUUUACAUAUUUUGCAUUACUCAUCUCAUACAGUUGAAGUCGGAAGUUUACAAACACCUUAGCCAAAUACAUUUAAACUCAGUUUUUCACAAUUCCUGACAUCCUAGUAAAAAUCCACUUUAUUUUAAGAAUGUGAAAUAUCAGAAUAAUAGUAGAGAGAAUGAUUUAUUUCAGCUUUUCUUUCAUCACAUUCCCAGUGGGUCAGAAGUUUACAUACACUCAAUUAGUAUUUGGUAGCAUUGCCUUUAAAUUGUUUAACUUGGGUCAAACGUUUCGGGUAGCCUUCCACAAGCUUCCCACAAUAAGUUGGGGGGAUUUUGGCCCAUUCCUCCUGACAGAGCUGGUGUAACUGAGUCAGGUUUGUAGGCCUCUUGCUCGCACACGCUUUUUCAGUUCUGCCCACAAACUUUCUAUAGGAUUGAGGUCAGGGCUUUGUGAUGGCCACUCCAAUACCUUGACUUUGUUGUCCUUAAGCCAUUUUGCCAAAACCUUGGAAGUAUGCUUGGGGUCAUUGUCCAUUUGGAAGACCCAUUUGCGACCAAGCUUUAACUUCCUGACUGAUGUCUUGAGAUGUUGCUUCAAUAUAUCCACAUAAUUUUUCUUCCUCCUGAUACCAUCUAUUUUGUGAAGUGCACCAGUCCAUCCUGCAGCAAAGCACCCCCACAGCAUGAUGCUGCCACCCCCGUGCUUCACAGUUGGGAUGGUGUUCUUCGGCUUGCAAGCAUUCCCCUUUUUCCUCCAAACAUAACGAUGGUCAUUAUGGCCAAACAGUUCUAUUUUUGUUUCAUCAGACCAGAAGACAUUUCUCCAAAAAGUACGAUCUUUGUCCCCAUGUGCAGUUGCAAACCGUAGUCUGGCUUUUUUAUGGCGGUUUUGGAGCAGUGGCUUCUCCACAACUUUGUCCCUGACCUGUUUGGAGAGCUCCUUGGUCUUCAUGGUGCCGCUUGCUUGGUGCUACCCCUUGCUUAGUGGUGUUGCAGACUCUGGGGCCUUACAGAACAGGUGUAUAUAUACUGAGAUCAUGUGACAGAUCAUGUGACACUUAGAUUGGACACAGGUGGACUUUAUUUAACUAAUUAUGUGACUUCUGAAGGUAAUUGGUUGCACCAGAUCUUAUUUAAGGGCUUCAUAGCAAAGGGGGUGAAUACAUAUGCACGCACCACUUUUCCGUUAUUUAUUUGUUUGAAUUUUUUGAAACAAUUUUUUUUUUCAUUUCACUUCACCAAUUUGGACUAUUUUGUGUAUGUCUAUUACAUGAAAUUCAAAUAAAAAUCCAUUUAAAUUACAGGUUGUAAUGCAACAAAAUAGGAACACGCCAAGGGGGAUGAAUACUUUUGCAAGGCACUGUACUUUAGAUUUGUGUGUAUUGUGUGUAUUGUUGUGAAUUUGUUAAAUAUUACUUGUUAGAUAUUACUGCACUGUUGGAGCUAGAAACACAAGCAUUUCGCUACGCCCGCAAUAACAUCUGCUAAACACGUGUAUGUGACCAAUAAAAUUAGAUUUGAUUGAAGCAAAAUAAACGCCCGGGCUAUUAAUUUAAGUUUUAUGGUAAUUUUGCCUAGCUAACAGCUAAAUGUUUGUUUUUGACUUAAAUUGUAAUUCUAUUUUCGAGGCUCCACAUAUUGUCAUGGAAAAUAGGAAUGUUAUUUCCAACAACCAAUGAGCAAAUCCGCCAUAAAUCCAGCUGCAUAUUGAACGUUGAGAUUUCCAAAAGGCUAGUCUCUUUGACAAUGACAAGGAGUGGAAUGUUAGCUAAAGAGACUGGUACUCAGACAAGUUCCAAGCCCAUUCUAUCCGUCGUUUGCUAUAACACCUUGCUUGUUUCAGCAAGGGGCAACAAAGUUUAAUCACGUUGUUAAUAGCAAUGUUAUCGCAGAAAUGGAUUCAACCGCACGAAUGCCCGGCCGUCCUGACUUCAGUCAGCUGAUCAUUCCCCAAAAAAUUUACCACACACACACACACACACACACACACACACACACACACACACACACACACACACACACACACAGGAGAUAUUACAGCCUGUCACUCUGUCAGUUCCUCUGCUAGAAGAAGACUAAUCUCUCUUUUCCAUGGGAACGCUGGGCUAAUGUCAGGCUAUCCAGUCCUCCCUGGACAGCUCAGAUUAAAACACUGUGAAAGGAAAGCCAUUUAUAUAACAGAUCAGGACCCCAGUCACCCAGAGAUUGGUUAGCAUAGGCUUCCAUAGUUCAAACUGGGGGUUAGCUACUACCUGAAUGUGUCCUAUAGAAUACAUUUUUGUAUUCUGUUGCAAAAUGGUUUUCUACGGUGUGCCCUACUGAACACAACCCAGGAUAUGUAUGUUUAAUUUUUUGAGAAAGCCUAUAUUGUUGACUACUAGUCUACCUUUCACCAUUGUGGGUCAGCUGCCUGUGCCCUGACCAGGAAGAGCCCAUUUGGCUAAUGGCUUCCCAGUCGAUCCACAUCCCUCCUCGUGCCGUUUAGGAAAUGCAUGUGUGCCCUCUGGAAGUGUAAGCAGAUGUUCAGAGCAGGCAGCCAGGCAUAGAGGCCCAGGUAGUCUCUCUCGUCCACCAGCCGGCUCUAGUAAUUAGCCUGGGAACGAGGCAAGGGCCCAGGUAGCACAGACAGUUGGGCUGACACUGAGAAUCAAAUCAAGUUUAUUAAAAGUACUGCAUAUUAUCACACAUUCCUACCACUUUCAGGUAAUACAGAGAGGCACUGAGGGCCUGCCUUGGGUUGAAGUAAGGGCCCAGAGUCACAGACAUGGUUGACAGGAAGUCUUUCUUACCAGCCAACAUCUCAGACCAGACUAGCUCUAACUGUCGUGGCAUGCACUCACUGUUCACAAUAGCUGGGUUAACUCAGUGCCUCUGUUCUUUUUACACUCAUUUAACAGUAUUUCUUCUGUCCCUCUCCUUGCCCCAACCUGGGCUCAAACCAGGGACCCUCUGAACACAUCAACAACUGCCUCCCACGAAGCAUCUUUACCUAUCGCUCCACAAAAGCCACAGCCCUUGCAGAGCAAGGGAAACAACUACUGCAACGUCUCAGAGCGAGUGACGUCACUGAUUGAACCGCAACUAGUACGCACCUCUAGCUAGCUAACGAUUUCACACCGGUUGCACUCAGUUACAAUUAAGGUUCGGUCGUUGGUGUUGAAUGUGUCUAAAUGAGGCGUCCAAAUCUGUUAAGGACCUGUGAGUCUUUACAGCUGGAAAUUAGAAUGAAGCAAGCAAUACAUUUUGCCUUUCUAAAGCACAAGUAUAAGUACCCAGAAUGGUGGUUGUCCCACUCCUAUACAAAACAAGUGGUAGAAUAAUCUAGAGCCCACUCCACCUCCCCACCAUAGAGUUGGUGAUGUAAGGCAGAGGACAGAGAGGGAGGAAACGGUGGCUUCUGAGGUAAGCCAGAUGAGGAAAGGAGACUCAUGUUGUAGAGUAGCUCUGGUUCUGCAGUCUGCACUGUUAGGGGGUGAGAGAGAGAGGAGAUGAGGGUUAGGAUAGUGGGCAGGGGCCUCACAGAGCAGGACUCAGAAACCUGCACCCCAUCAAAACCAAACCAAAUCAACGUAUAUUGGUCACAUACACAGUUUUGCCGAUGUUAUUGCAGGUGCAGCGAAAUGCUUGAGUUUCUAGCUCCAACAGUACAGUUAUACCUAGUAAAAAGAAUACACACAUAAUCCAGAAAAAUAAAUAUAUACAAAAUUAAGAAAUAUCAGAACAAGCAAUGUCAGAGACUGGAAUAUAAAUAUAUAUACAUAUAAUGUAUAUAAAUAUAUAUACAGUGAGGGAAAAAAGUAUUUGAUCCCCUGCUGAUUUUGUACGUUUGCCCACUGACAAAGAAAUGAUCAGUCUAUAAUUUUAAUGGUAGGUUUAUUUGAACAGUGAGAGAUAGAAUAACAACAACAAAAUCCAGAAAAACGCAUGUCAAAAAUUUUAUAAAUUGAUUUGCAUUUUAAUGAGGGAAAUAAGUAUUUGACCCGCUCUCAAUCAGAAAGAUUUCUGGCUCCCAGGUGUCUUUUAUACAGGUAACGAGCUGAGAUUAGGAGCACACUCUUAAAGGGAGUGCUCCUAAUCUCAGUUUGUUACCUGUAUAAAAGACACCUGUCCACAGAAGCAAUCAAUCAGAUUCCAAACUCUCCACCAUGGCCAACACCAAAGAGCUCUCCAAGGAUGUCAGGGACAAGAUUAUAGACCUACACAAGGCUGGAAUGGGCUACAAGACCAUCGCCAAGCAGCUUGGUGAGAAGGUGACAACAGUUGGUGCGAUUAUUCGCAAAUGGAAGAAACACAAAAGACCUGUCAAUCUCCCUCGGCCUGGGGCUCCAUGCAAGAUCUCACCUCGUGGAGUUGCAAUGAUCAUGAGAACGGUGAGGAAUCAGCCCAGAACUACACGUGAGGAUCUUGUCAAUGAUCUCAAGGCAGCUGGGACCAUAGUCACCAAGAAAACAAUUGGUAACACACUACGCCGUAAAGGACUGAAAUCCUGCAGCGCCCGCAAGGUCCCCCUGCUCAAGAAAGCACAUAUACAGGCCCAUCUGAAGUUUGCCAAUGAACAUCUGAAUGAUUCAGAGGAGAACUGGGUGAAAGUGUUGUGGUCAGAUGAGACCAAAAUUGAGCUCUUUGACAUCAACUCAACUCUCCGUGUUUGGAGGAGGAGGAAUGCUGCCUAUGACCCCAAGAACACCAUCCCCAGCGUUAAACAUGGAGGUGGAAACAUUAUGCUUUGGGGGUGUUUUUCUGCUAAGGGGACAGGACAACUGCACCGCAUCAAAGGGACGAUGGACGGGGCCAUGUACCGUCAAAUCUUGGGUGAGAACCUCCUUCCCUCAGCCAGGGCAUUGAAAACGGGUUGUGGAUGGGUAUUCCAGCAUGACAAUGACCCAAAACACACGGCCAAGGCAACAAAGGAGUGGCUCAAGAAGAAGCACAUUAAGGUCCUGGAGUGGCCUAGCCAGUCUCCAGACCUUAAUCCCAUAGAAAAUCUGUGGAGGGAGCUGAAGGUUCGAGUUGCCAAACUUCAGCCUCGAAAUCUUAAUGAUUUGGAGAAGAUCUGCAAAGAGGAGUGGGACAAAAUCCCUCCUGAGAUGUGUGCAAACCUGGUGGCCAACUACAAGAAACAUCUAACCUCUGUGAUUGCCAACAAGGGAUUUCCCACCAAGUACUAAGUCAUGUUUUGCAGAGGGGUCAAAUACUUAUUUCCCUCAUUAAAAUGCAAAUCAAUUUAUAACAUUUUUGACAUGCGUUUUUCUGGAUUUUUGUUGUUGUUAUUCUGUCUCUAACUGUUCAAAUAAACCUACCAUAAAAAUUAUAGACUGAUCAUGUCUUUGUCAGUGGGCAAACAUACAAAAUCAGCAGGGGAUCAAAUACUUUUUUCCCUCACUGUACAUAUAAUGGUGUGUAUAGACAGUAUGGACAGUAUAUGAAUAGAAAAUAUGUGUACUGCAGUAGUUAUAUAGGAUGAGCCAUAUAUCUAGAAUAGAGUAUCUACACUGAGUGUACAAAACAUUAGGAACAGUUUCCUUAUAUUGAGUUGUCACCCCCUUUUGCCCUCAGAACAGCCUCAAUUUGUCGGAGCAUGGACUCUUCAAGGUGUCGAAAGCGUUUCACAGGGAUGCUGGUCCAUGUUGACUCCAAUGCUUCCCACAGUUGUGUCAAGUUGGCUGAAUGUACUUUGGGUGGUGGACCAUUCUUGAUAGACACGGGAAACUGUUGAGCGUGAAGAACCCAGCAGCGUUGCAGUUCUUGACACACUCAAACCGGUGCGCCUGGCACCUAUUACCAUACCCUGUUCAAAGGCACUUAAAUAUUUUGUCUUGCCCAUUCACCCUCUAAAUGGCACACAAACACAAUCCAUGUCUCAAUUGUCUCAAGGCUUAAAAAUCCUUCUUUAACCUGUCUCCUCCCCAUCAUUUACAAUGAUUGAAGUGGAUUUAACAAGUGACAUCAAUAAGGGAUCAUAGCUUUCACCUGGUCAGUCCAUGUCAUGGAAGAGCAGGUCUUCCUAAUGUUUUGUACACUCAGUGUACAUAUAAAGUGGGUGAAACAGUAUGUAAAAAGUAUUAAAGUGACCAGUGUUCAAUGACUCUCUGUACAUAGGGCAGCAGUCUCUAGGGUGCAGGGUAGAGUACCGGGUGGUAGCCGGCUAGUAACAGUGACUAAGGUUCAGGGCCGGGUAUUGGGCGGAGACCGGCUAGUGGUGACUGUUUAACAGUCUGAUGGCCUGGAGAUAGAAGCUAUUUCUCAGUUCUGCACCCCAACCAUAAGCCUCAGCUUACACUCUGCCAAUUGAAUUGUGGGGAGGUUGGUUUGGAUCGAGUACUCAAUGCCAUUUUAGGUGAUGAGGGUUUAGGCGGGUCUAGAUAAUAGUUAAGUUGUUUUGGUCAUAUGCUUGGACAUGUCUUGUGUUAUAUGCUGGUGACAUCCAAUUUCCCCUCUGGGAAAUCAAUUAAGUUUAUCAUUGAAGUUUAUUCAAUUCAUGUUUUAUUCUGGUCCUUUUCAGGAGCUCUGGAUCAUAUCGUGGUGUUCACGACAGAUGGCAAAUUCCCCCUGAACCAGUUGGGUCAGAUCUCCAUGAAAUCCCCUCAGCUCAUCGUGGUCAACAUGACCGAGAGGUGAGCUCACAUACACACACACACACACACACACACACACACACACACACACACACACACACACACACACACACUGCUGGCUGGGUUAGGGUUCUGCUCUGUAUGAACCACUCUCUGGGCUGACGGCAACACACUGUGAAAUUAGCACGUCAUAUGCUCAUAUCUUCUCUCUCUAUCUCUAUUCGAUCUAUCUCUCUCGCUAUAUCAGUAGAUCGUAGUAUGGCUAGAGAUAUCUCUAGAGUGAUAGAGAUAUAGAUAAGCAGCGAGAUCUCUCUCUCUCUAUAUUUCAGGCUCUAUCUCUCUCUCGCCUCUCUCUCUCCUCUCUCUAUCGCUCUCUCUCUCUCUCUCGCUCUCUCUCUCUCUCUCUCGCUCUUCUCUCGCUCUCUCUCUCUCUCUCUCUCCGUCUCUCUCUCGCUCCUUCUCCAUCUGAAACCUGAGUCGUGCUCUCUCUUCAGCCUUGUGUUCAGCCGUAGUGAUCGAUGGUUCAGGGAAGCCCUUUGUUCUGGAGCGAUUGAAACAAAGGCCAAGACUUUGUGGUCAGCUGUCAUCAGCAGGAAGUGACCGUGCUGUGCCCUCUGGGAAGGAGGAGGACUAACUGCUCCAAGAGAUGCUCUCUCACGUACACACACACAUUUCAUAUACACAUACAACGCAUGCGGGCACGGACACACACACACACAAACACACACACACACCUAACAUAUAUGCAUACAAGGCAUACACACACACACACUAACAAACAUACACACAACCUAUGCGGGCACGGACACACACACACCACACACCACACACACACACACACACACGAACACACACACCACACAACACACACGAAACACACACACACACCACACACACCAACAGACACAAGCACACACGACACAACAAACCCACACAAACACACACACACACACACACACGAACACACAGACACACACACACACACGAACACCACACACACACACACACACGAACACACUACAACACACACACGAACAGACAGACAGACACACACUAACAACACACACACACACACGAACACACACACACAACACACACACACACACACACACACACACAACAAACACACACACACACACACUAACACACACACACACACACACACUAACAAACACACACAAACUAACACACACACACAACUCUCUCUCUUUCCCUGUCUUCAUUCUCCUCUCUCUUUCCCUGUGUUGUUUCUCUCUCUGGCCCCCUUCUCUUUCCUCCGUCCAUCAUCCCAUGUUGUUAUGAAUGAGGGUUGUCCCUGUCUGAUGCUGGGAUCUGUUUUAAAGGGAGAUUGAUGUUCUUUGGCUUUGACUCAGAUUUAGUAGUGAAGCACAGUUCUGCUUCAUCGUGAGGAGCUCAGCCUGGAACUCAGCAGCACUCAGCCACAAAAGGUGUACAACAGUGGAGGCUGCUGAGGGGAGGACGGCUUAUAAUAAUGGCUGAAAUGGAGUAAAUGGAAUGGCAUCAAACACAUGGUUUUCAAUCAUUCCCUUGACUCCAUUCCAGCCAUUAUCAGCAGCCUCCACUGGUGUACAAUGUUCAUGAGGGAUCACACCUUUCAGAUAUGCCUCAUUAUGUGUGCUUAAUUUCUAAACACACAUAGAUAAGCAUAUUGCGCACAUAUUACACAUAAAUGAUACGCAUGUUACCAUUAUCAUUGAAUCAGUUCAAUAGAGGUAAUUCACCUGUGAGAGUAGAGGCUCAGAGACAUUAUGUUGAACACUGAGCGAGAAAGUUCAGACAGAAACUCCAAACGAUAUAUAUUCAAAUGGACCAAAUCCCACUGGUACCAUCACACAAAUCUUUACCGCUGCAACAUGACAAUUCCUUCAGACCAAAUGUUUAAAGGGUGUAAAUGUGUGAUGUGAGAGCAGGGGUAUCAAUUUCUUAUUUAAUUUUUUCUCCAGUUUCUGGUGUAAACCACUGGGAAAAGAAUUGGCAACAAGAUUAAAGGAUUUAUUUGUGUGUAUUAUUUCGCAAGGCCUAUUGCCUUGCAUGUUAAAUUAAUUUUAAAAAACAGCCUCUCCUAAUCUCUGGUUCCUGUCUUUAACUCCAGAAUGAUAGAUCCAACCCAUACCUAUGUUUGAUUGUUCUCAGCAUUGAAUUCAUCAUUAUUUCCCCACAGCUCCAGCAGUUACGGAAAUCUGGUGGAAUGCUGUGCUCUGUUCUGGGUAGCUCCGUAAACACCAGGCAUGUUCUGGUUAAUAUGUUAAAAAUAGUGGGAUUACACUGAGGUUUCUGAUUAAACACAGCCAGUUCAAAGCCACAGCCCAGCCGAAAGGAACGAACAGAGCUAAAGAAAACACCUUGUUAAUGAUGUGGAGGAUACCACACACACACUAAGACACACACACACACUAAGACAUACACACACACUAAGACAAACACACACACUAAGACAUACACACACACUAAGACAUACACACACACUAAGACAUACACACACACUAAGACAAACACACACACUAAGACAUACACACACACUAAGACAUACACACACACUAAGACAAACACACACACUAAGACAUACACACACACACACUAAGACAAACACACACACUUAGACAAACACACACACUUAGACAUACACACACACUAAGACAUACACACACACUAAGACAAACACACACACUAAGACAUACACACACACUAAGACAUACACACACACUAAGACAUACACACACACUAAAACAUACACACACACACUAAGACAUACACACACACACUAAGACAUACACACACACUAAGACAAACACACACACUAAGACAAACACACACACACUAAGACAUACACACACACACUAAGACAUACACACACACACUAAGACAUACACACACACACUAAGACAUACACACACACACUAAGACAUACACACACACUAAGACAUACACACACACUAAGACAUAUACACACACACACUAAGACAUACACACACACACUAAGACAUACACACACACACUAAGACAUACACACACACUAAGACAAACACACACACUAAGACAAACACACACACUAAGACAUACACACACACUAAGACAUACACACACACUAAGACAUACACACACACUAAGACAAAUACACACACUAAGACAUACACACACACUAAGACAUACACACACACUAAGACAUACACACACACUAAGACAUACACACACAGCGUUUUACCUCCACUUCCCUUCUUCUCUAAACAUCCAAGCGAUUUAAUUCAUGCUGCCAUUGCCACUGCACAACAGCCACUGGGGGUUUGCAGUAACACUGUACUGCAGUACUGGACCUUUUAAUGAAUGACUAGAAAACAAUGGCCUCUCGUUAGGAACGUGGGUAAUGGAUGUGAAUAAUUAGAAUCCUAUUUGCUCUGGGUGCUGUGCAGUCACCUCUGUGUUGGCUUAGCAGGGCUGUUAGACUGUUAGGUAAUGGGAGGUUAGGAAGCUGCCGGCGGGCGGGUGCGAGGGGGUGGAAGGGGGUUUCUAUCUGGUGCUGGGAUCUAUCUGGUAAUGUUGUGAUGGGUACCUGAGGGUUGAACAAUAGUGUGCUCAGUCUUGGCAUGUUCUCCCCACACGGCCUGUAUUGUAUGUGUGAGUGGCGCAGUGGUCUAAGGCACUGCAUCGCAGUGCUAACUGUGCCACUAGAGAUCCUGGUUCGAAUCCAGGCUCUGUCGCAGCCGGCCGCGACCGGGAGACUCAUGGGCGGCGCACAAUUGGCCCAGCGUCGUCCAGGGUAGGGGAGGGAAUGGCCGGCAGGAUGUAGCUCAGUUGAUAGAGCAUGGUGUUUUUAACGCCAGGGUUGUUGGGUUUGAUUCCCACUGUAAGUCGCUCUGGAUAAGAGCGUCUGCUAAAUGACUAAAAUGUAAAUGUAAUGUGUGUCUGAACAGGCUCCAUAUCAUAGAAUUAAAUAGAACACAUACUGGAGUUUCCACAGGCCUCAGUCUGUCCCGUCUCUGCCUCUCUCUCUCUCUCAGGCACCCCUCCCACAACUACCAGACACAGACAAAUCACAUAUCCAGAUUACAGCCUAUUCUUUAAUUGCCGAGUCCAACCACCAUUAGAGUUCUAAUAUGUUACACAGACAUCUCCUCUAGUCUAAUGCAUUGUGGGUACACAGCCAGGCCAGGACUCCCCCAGUUACACACACACACACACACACACAUAUAUACAUACACACACCUCCGCCCCGCCCCGUCCCACUCCUCCCAUCCCGUAGAGGUCACCAGAGGUCAUCGCCCUGCACUGCAACCCCUCAACCCGUUCCCAGAGGACUGUUGCCUGACAGCGCCCCGCGGCACUUCCACACCGCAUGUGCUUCUCCCGCCACGGCCAGGGCUGAACCCCCCCCCCCCACACACACACACACACACAAACCAUAACCCCUAACCCCCCUCUACCAGAACCUGCUCUGUGGGGAGAUGCUGCACAGUUCACCCAGCUCGCCAUGUAUCAAAGUCAACCUGACCAGGGACAGCCAGGGUCUGCUUCCUGGUGCUCCUAUGGCCAGGAGAAAGGCCAGGGCAGUCUGGGGGUGGGGGCCUGGGGUGGAUUGAUAGGGGCAGGGUGGGUGUCUUGAGGGUGGGUGCAUUAAAUUGAAUUAGAUUAGAUUUAUUGUCCCCCGAGAAAUAAAUACUUUUUCAUUGACUCGUACAUUUACACAAAAACCAAACCAACAACCCAGACGGUGAAUGGAUAGGGGCUGGGACCUGGCUGGGUGGUUGGGUGUCUGUCUGCAGGUAGUGCAGCUCCAGCCCCAGUCCAAACCCCAGCUGGCAGUCAUUAGGUCUAGGUCUAAUGUUUGUUUGAUGUGUCCUCAGGCCAUGGCUGCUGCCACCCGCGUCCUGUGUGAGAGCAGCAUGAAACUCAACCCUGAGGUGGACGGAACCAUCAACAGGGUGCCUAUUCCCAAGUAAGUCAGUCAGUCCUGAGAGCUCCCUCUCUCUCUCUCUCUCUCUCUCUCUCUCUCUCUCUCUCUCUCUCUCUCUAUCUCUCUCUCUCUUCUCUCUCUCUCUCUCUCUCUCUCUCUCUCUCUCUUGCUCUCUCGUUCGCUCUCUUGCUCUGUCACUUUCUCCUCUCACUCUCUUUCUUUCUCCUCUCUCUCAAUUCAAUUUCAAUUUAAGGGCUUUAUUGGCAUGGGAAACGUGUGUUAACAUUGCCAAAGCAAGUGAAGUAGAUAGUAAACAAAAGUGAAAUAAACAAUAAAUAUUAACAGUAAACAUUACACUCAGAAGUUUCAAAAGAAUAAAGACAUUUCAAAUAUCAUAUUAUGUAUAUAUACAGUGUUGUAACAAUGUGCAAAUAGUUAAAGUACAAAUGGGAAAAUAAAUAAACAUAAAUAUGGGUUGUAUUUACAAUGGUGUUUGUUCUUCACUGGUUGCCCUUUUCUUGUGGCAACAGGUCACAAAUCUUGCAGCUGUGAUGGCACACUGUGGUUUUUCACCCAGUAGAUAAGGGAGUUUAUCAAAAUUGGGUAUGAUUUCGAAUUCUUUGUGGAUCGCUGUAAUCUGAGGGAAAUAUGUGUCUCUAAUAUGGUCAUACAUUUGGCAGGAGGUUAGGAAGUGCAGCUCAGUUUCCACCUCAUUUUGUGGGCAGUGUGCAUAUAGUCUGUCUUCUCUUGAGAGCCAGGUCUGCCUACGGCGGCCUUUCUCAAUAGCAAGGCUAUGCUCACUGAGUCUGUACAUAGUCAAAGCUUUCCUUAAGUUUGGGUCAGUCACAGUGGUCAGGUAUUCUGCCACUGUGUACUCUCUGUUUAAGGCCAAAUAGCAUUCUAGUUUGCUCAGUUUUUUUGUUUGUUCUUUCCAAUGUGUCAAGUAAUUCUCUUUUUGUUUUCUCAUGAUUUGGUUGGGUCUAAUUGUGUUGUUGUUGUUGUUGUUGUUGUUGUUGUUGUCCUGGGGCUGUGUGGGGUCUGUUUGUGUUUGUGAACACAAACUCUCUCUCUCUCUCUAACUCUCUCUCUCUCUCGCGGCGCUUCUCUCUCUCUCUCUCUCUCUCUCUCUCUCUCUCUCUCUCUCUCUCUCUCUCUCUCUCUCUCUCUCUCUCCCACUCUCUCUUUAACUCUCUCCCUUCUGUCUCACUCUCAAUAUUCACUCUCUUUCCUCACUUUCCUCAUUCUACCAUUUCUCCCCAUCUGCAUUUCCUCCUCUCACACUUUUAUUUCAUUUUAUUCAUUCUCCCGUCAGUCCCUUUCCUGACCUACCGUCUCCUUUUAAAAUGCCACGUUAAAGAAAUGCAUGAACAUGUCUGUGUGUUUCUAGGUGUUUCUGACAUAUUCAUUUAACUAAUUCACCCAACUGUAGCAGUUAGAAAACACCAACCUUGGUCAAAAGUCCCCUGUCCAACUCAGCUCCCUGCCAAAUCAAAUAACUUUACUGCGUCGCAAAUGGCACCCUAUUUCCUACAUAGUGCACUAUAUAGUGCACUAUAUAGCGAAUAGGGUGCCCUUUGGGACACAGCCCUUGACGUGCUGCCGUCACUCGCUAAACCACAAAAUAUGUGUGAUUAUGAAGUACGCCGAGCCCCGGCAGCAGCAGGUGCUUGUCUGGCAGCACUGGAUAGGGGGACGGACGGACGCCUUUUUCCUCUUCAAUCAGUCUUGGCACGCAACCACAUUUGCAUUUCCAAAGAGAGCAAGCGGCUUGAUUGGCCCAGACUCAGUAAUUACGCAUUAUUGUUUGCAGUAAAUAGACACCACUUUUUGGAUUGUUUGCAAAUACUCCCAGGCAAAAAUGCCAAUUAAGGAAAAUAAACUGUUAUCAACAGCAGCAAAGCAAACCAAAAACAAAGUUGUUGACUGCACCGUGACCUUGAAAAGUAUUUUUCAAGUGGCGCAGAAAGCCAGGUAUUUGUUUUUUUGAAUGAAAUUAUUUGGGCAUUAAUGGAGUGUGUGUGUGUGUUGCCCCUGCGUGCGUGCUUGAGCACCCUUGUGUGUGUAUGUGUGUACAUACAUAGGUUUGUCCAUCUGUCCCUGCAGGGUGAGCACAGGGAGAAACCUGGUUAAACAGUUCAGUAACAAGGCCAAGGAGUCUCUGAGGAGGGUGAGGUCUAAUGCUGUCACCCAGGUGAAGAAGGUCAAGGAGACCGUGUCAGAGGACACCAUCCGAUUGGUGGAGAAACAAGUACUGAGACAGGGAUACAUGUCCUGUCAGAGGACAGAAAUACAAUCAGUGGCUACAAAUGUUCAGAUUAAUCCUUUCCAUAAUUUCACAGUAUUUGUAUACACAUUUGUAUUAUAAUACCAAUAGUAAUAGUUGUCUAAUAAGUGUUCUCUCUCCUCUUCUCCACUCUCUCAGGUCGGGCAAAUGGCGGAUGGCUUUUGCAGCAGAUAUAGACAAGCAGCUGGCCACCAAAACCAAGGAGCUGUUGGG